GAGCCUCAACCUCGUGGCGCGAUUCGCGAUUCGUCUUCGUUCGAGAAUUUCGCCGCUCUCGAUCGGAACAAGUUUGGUUAACAACAAUGCUUAGGAAGUGAACGGGAUGUUUUAACAAUUUAUCCAGUGUUUCCAGUGUGACGGUAGUUCUCUUUCCGUUUCUUUUUUCCCUCGAGCCUAACGAUAACAGGCUGCCAAGAGGAUCUUGGGAAGAGGAAUUCUCGCGAUGAUUAUUAGAUAGGAUGGUGGAAUUGACGUAUCCCGCGGUGGAAACCGAAGAAGAAAGGGCCAAAGUGGACGAGGUGGGAGGCAGUACGGUGGUAGCCGAGGGUGUAGUAGGCGGCAUAAAGGGCCCAGGCGGCGGGUGCCGCGCAUCCUCGAUGACGAUGGCCGAGAGCGCCGUGGAGGACGCUGCAGCCGCGCCCCCGGGUCCGGCCAAGCCGCCACCGCCCUCCUGUACCAACAACAACACCCUCGCGGCGACGGCCAACCGGAACCAUCGCAAUCUCCGCCGCCGGAAACGACUCGACCAGGUCCUCGACAUCCUCCAACACCGGAGCUCGCCCUCCGAGGGCGAGGUGUUGAGGUUCGAGGGUAGCGGCCCGGCAUCCGAGGAGGAGGAGGACGUGUUCGGCUCACCGAGGUCGUCGUCCAGAUCGGCCGCCGAUCCACCGUCCGGCAUCAGUCUUCUACCCCUCAGGUUGAAGAGCGAGGAGCCCGCCACGCCUACCGGCGAGGAGCAAGAGGACGGGUCGAGCGCCAACCAGUCGACCGCCGCCACCACCACCACCACCACCGCCAUCGCCACCACCAUCACCACCGCCACCACCACCGCCACCACCACCACCACCACCAUCACCACCACCGUCAACACCAACAACAGCAACAACAACAGCAGCAGCAGCAGCAACAACCACGACGACGAGGACGGGGACAAGAACGGCGAAGAGACGCAGCAACAGCAACAACAGCAGCAACAGCAGCAACAGAAUCAUCACUCGCACCAUCACUCGCACCAUCAUCGCCACCGGCACAGGCAUCAUCACAGGAACAACGCCAACCACCUGGCUUACGAUCACCUUCAUCCCCCUCAUCAAAGAUCCUCGGCACCGAAAUACGCGGGCUGCACCUGCGUCCAGUGUUCCCAAUCCUCCACUCCCCCCAUGGUGCUCCCCUCGCCCACCUCCCCCCUAACCCCCCUCACGCCCCUCACCCCACUCACCCCGCUCACCCUCCCCCCGUUAACCCCAGGAUCUCUCUCGUCGUACAGUUUCGAGCACUACAUGCACACCAAGUACCUGCCGGACAUAUUCAGGGGACGGAGCCACUCGGACUCGGACCUGGUGCCGGGAUGGGACCAGAAGCCGCCGCUCUCCACCACCCCGUCCGUGUUCGUCAACCAUCCGCUGAGAAGCGGUUUCUUGGACAGCGACACGACCAGCCCCCAGGAGUCCCCGUUAGACCUCUCGAUGAAGAACCUGAUGGCGUCGGCCGCGGCGGCUGCCGCGGCGGCCGCGGCCGCUGCCGCCGCCGCCGCCGCCGCCUCCGGCCGACCGCCCGCCCUCCAGCUGCUCCCGCCGGGAAUCGUGUCGAGGGGCUCGGUGAGCGUGCCCGUGGUGAAGGGCGACGUGGCGUCGCCCACCACCAAGGAGAGCGUCGCCGUGAGGUACAACCUGGAGGUGUCCCCCGUGGUGGAGGAGAUGCCGCCGGGGGCGGACGUGGCGUACGUUUGCCCCGUGUGCGGGCAAAUGUUCAGCCUGCACGACCGGCUGGCCAAGCACAUGGCCUCGAGGCAUCGCAGGCAGGGGCCGCAGGACGCGUCGGCCAAGGCCUACCUCUGCGACGUGUGCAAGAGGAGUUUCGCGAGGUCGGACAUGCUCACCAGACACAUGAGGCUGCACACGGGCGUAAAACCGUACACGUGCAAGGUUUGCGGCCAGGUAUUCAGCAGGUCGGAUCAUCUCAGCACCCACCAGAGGACGCACACCGGCGAGAAGCCGUACAAGUGUCCCCAGUGCGCGUACGCGGCCUGCCGCCGGGACAUGAUCACCAGGCACUUGAGGACCCACGCCAGAUUUCCCGACGUCCAGACGCCCAAGAGCGAGCCCGGCCUCCUCCCCGGCGAGGACAGCCCCACGUUCGCUCGCGAGAUGGCCUCCCCUUCGGCUACGAUCAAGGCCGAAUGACGACGGCCAGGUGGAUGACCGCCGCGUUUCUCGCCGCUGCUCGUUUCCAGCUUCCGAUUUCCAGCAGCAGCAGGAGGAGGGGGAGGAGGUGGAGGAGGAGGUGGAGGGAGAUCAAGAGCUUCGACGAACGGUUUCGGGAUCUGGGAGGUGGAGGAGGUUGCGAGGUCCCGAUGACGACCACGAAGACGAGGACCACGAAAACGCAAGGAGGACAACGAUGGAAGGGAAGAUCGAUUUUCCGAUGAAAUCGAAUCAAUCCGUUGGCGAGGAAAUCGUUGAUAUUUUUUUCUUUUUCUCCUCGUAAAACGCCUCGUCGUCCUUCGCGUCGAGGUCGAAAAGCUUCGAUUUCGAGUCGAGUUGAACGCGAGUAGAACGCUCAUUUAACAGUAUUACAGCGAUGAUACUUGUUCGUCUUCCCCGUUGCUACUCUCGCGAGAUUCCUGUUUGCGAGAUUCGUUCGUCGAAGAUGCGAUUUCGUUCGGCGAAAUGUCACCGUCGCGUUUCCCCUUCGCGUCUCAAAGCCUUGAGAGGCUGUAUGAUUCCACGGACUAAUUGUUCCCCCAGUCCCUCCCCCCUCCCCCGUUUGAGUCCCAUAAAUAAUAUCGUUUUAAGAGUUCUUUUUUCGAAAAAAAAAAAACAAAAAACAAAAAAAAAACAAAAAUAAAAAGCGCAAGUUCGCGAUAAAUUUGAAACUUUUGUACGUAGCGAAACGUUUUUCGAAUAGAUGGAUCGAAUUUUGUUAAGGGGGGAAAAAAUAAAAAAAGAAAUAGCGUUUCGAUUUCGAAAAGUUGUUACGUUUAACGGUAGGAAAAAAGGAAUCGAUGCAUCAUCGAUCGGUAAAAAAUAAUUUUACGAAUUUCUGAAACGAAAUUACUUAUGGAACACGUCCACAUCUCGACAUAUCUCUUCUCUCGAUAUCUCUCGUUUCACGCGAGUGUUAUUGAUUGUUGGAAUCUCUUAAACGUUCGAUACACCACUACUCUCCCUCAAUCGAUACUCUUGCAAAUGAAACGGGAAUAAUUUGAAAGCAUUCCCGCCGUUGUUCGCGCGUUUCUUCAACAUGAUUACGAUAAUUGCGCCAAGGUUGUUUAAAAUUACCGUGAAUCGGAAUUUUCUCUCGUUGAAAAGUGUGAUCGAGACAGGAGAGAGAGAGAGAGAGAGAGAGAGAGAGAGAGAGAGAGAGAGAGAGAGAGAGACAGAGAGAAAGGAAAAGAAACUUGUGCCAAAUUUUCAACGAUCGUUAAGCCGCGCUCGUAUAUACGUAUCGGUCGAGUUGAGCGCGUCGAUGGGGAAGAUCGUUGGCGACGCUCUUUCUCUUCUUAGGGGAUCGCUGGUUGUUUUGUUUUUAAUUAAUAACGUGGUUAUCUAUAGAAAAAACUAUGUUUCUAUGUUCAAAGGAAAAAGAAAAAGUUAAAAAAAAAAAAAAAGAAAUGAUAUUUAUUCGCGUCGAAGACGAUCUUCCUCGGAUCCAUUCGUUGUUUUGCUCGACAACGAAAUUGUCGUCAAGUUGAGACGUGAUUGUUCAUUGACAUUGUGUUGAAAAAAAAGAACGCUGUCGAGCGUGCGAUCGAUAGAACUUUGUAGUUGUUAUAACGACUUUUCGAACAGGAGAGAGAAAGAGUGUGUUAUUUUAUUGCGCGUUGCGAAUAAAUCCUCUCGUCGUAUUAAUAGUAUAUAUAUAUAUAUAUAUUUAUCGAAAAAUCCGUUUGUUGCUCGCGAAGAUAGGAAAGCGGUCGAAGCGCGUUUCGUGACUGUGUCUCUCUCUCCCGAGAGAAUUUCAAAAUCUCGAGAAGGGAGACGCGACGACAAAGGGGAAUUAUUUUCCUGCGCGUGAAGGGGAAUUGAAAAAAGAUAAAUAAAAGAAAGAGAAUGAACAUAACCGUACCUGCAGAAAGAAAGAAACUUAAAGCAUAAUAAAAGCGUUUAGAUGUAACGUUAAUUAGUGGGUAACGUUUAAUAUUAUUAUUGCGUUUUAUUAUUAUUAUUAAUUAUUACUACUACUACUACUAUUACUAUUAUUAUGAUUAUUAUUAUUAUGAUGAUGAUUAUUAUAAAUAUUAAUAUUAAUAUUAUUACCGAUAAUGAUAUCAUUAUUGUGAAAACUGUUUGGCGUUGUGAGAAUGUUGCGAAACGCGUGCGCGAAAAAAGAUAGAAAAAUAUUUUUUUACAUAUCGUCGGAAAGAGACUUGGCGAAAGGGUCCGAGAUUGGGAAAAGAAAAAAAAAAAAAGAAAAAAAACGAGAAGCGAGCGCAGGACGCGAGUUGUCACACUUGGAAAUUAUUUCUCGUGUUGUAUUCGAAAAUUGUUACGAACGAUUUAAUAAUCGAAGGGGAGUUUCACUUCCAAUUCGUCUCUACGCUCUCUCGCGUAACGCGACGAUGUGAAACGCCCUCUAACCACCUCGCGUUUCGGUGGCCCUCCCCCUGGUGACCGAUCCGUUAACUAUAAGCGUUAUUACGUUCCGACGAAGCGCGGGCCGAUUUCGACCAUUCGGGAAUGACUCACGAUGCGGACGAUCCCCCUCGAAAAAAUACUCACGUUCUCGCGACCAAUCGGAUCAACUUGGAUCGAUCGCGACGCCGUUUUCUCGACGGAUGCUCUUCGAAUUUAUCCGGUGUGAAUUCGAACGGAAACUGUUAUCUCUUUUUCUUGUUUUUAAUCGAAGUUGAAGAAUCGAGUCGUUAACGUUAUUCUCAUAUUUUAAGUGACACGAAGGAGAAAGGGAUCUGUCGAUAAAACGGCGCGUCCACGACGUAUCGUCCACGAAGAGAGAGAGAGAGACUACACGGUGGUGUCAGCUACUUUAACCUUGCUCAACCUCGUUCGUUCGCCUUCUUCCUUGCCAUAACUCGGCCGCUGUCCGGUGUGUCUUCUCCGCUCGUGGCCACGAUAAAACAGGUGGUGACGAAUAUCGCGAGUCACGCACGAUGCUCAUCCGUUAAUUAAUACAGGUGCGCGCGCACACGUUGUAUCGUUAUAUCGAUAUAUAUAUAUAUAUAUGUAUUAUACAUUCGCAUUCGAAAGAUAGCGCACUUGUACACCUACGUAAUAAACGCGUUGUUGUUCGGGAAAUGCACGCGAAUAUGGUAGAAUAUGCGCGAGUUUUGAAAGGAGCGCGCGCACGCAGGCAGGUAUGUAUAUCUGUAUUUUUGUAUACCGAGGUUUUUUCUAAUUAGUCUUACCGUUUUAAGCGUUUCGAGGAAGAACGUGUAAUUAGCCGUUAAGAGAAAACUGUCGCUCUCUGCUUGCCAUUUUAACACUUGCCUUUGUCGAUCGAACGAUUACUCGGAAGGCGGCUUGUCGGAGCGAGACAAGAGAAGGAUACAAAAGAGGGAGAGACCUCGAGGCGGAAGGUCUUAUUGUUUGUUCCUGAAUCGAACGAAAUCGUUGAAAAUUUAUGAAAAUAUUUUUCCAAAUCGUGUGUGUGUUUUUUUUUUUUUUGCGAGAAAUUGCAGUUUAUUUUCACUUGACUUUUCUUUUUUUUUCCUUUCUUUUUUUUUUUCUUUCUUGGAAUAUUUUUGUCUUGUCUUUUACUUUGAUCGUUAUUAUUUUUCUUCUUUUUCGUUUGAUGAGAGGAAAAGGAAAAUUUUCUUCUUUAACAGCAAAGGAUAAAUUUGAUUAAUUUACAAGUUGAAGUAACGUACGAUUUGAUUUAUUGUUUCUUUAUCAUAUCGAGACGUCCGUCUCGAUAUCCAACCCUCGCGUGAUUCAGCCUUAAAAUUGAGAGAAUCUCUCGUGCAACGAGUCCUUUUUUCGCUUGAUGAGAUGGGAAUGAAACGAAAUAAAAAAGGGACGUAAUUGUAUAAUAAAAGAAGAAAGAAAAGAAUAAUGCACACGUUCUUUGUGUCUUCAGGCAAUUAAGCGAUCGCCGUGCCAGACAACCUGUUCUUGUAAUUAUUAACACUCAUUUAGCCAUUCGUAUGAUUAUUUCUAUUAUUAUUAUUAUUAUUAUUAUUAUUAUUAUUAUUAUUAUUAUUAUAUUAUUAAUUAUUAUGCCUAGUUACGUUGUUAAGUGAUUAAUCAUGUUUAAUGCUUCUAUUAUUUAUUUUGUUAUCCUAUUCGCAAGUCAAGCUUCCUAUUUUUCGUCCUAUUCUUCUUACAUUCUCCCUUCCCCCUUGUUCCUCGUUUCAUCGAAAAAUUCCGCCCUGUCUCGUCGACCGCGGGAUGGAGAAGAAAGCUCCGCUCGAAACGAACUUCGAAAUUCGAAUCAAUAUGUCCGCAUUUAUAAAAGUUUCUCGAGCUUCUUCUUCGCCCUCCUCCUCUGCAUCAUUUUCCCCCCUCCCCGUGUAUCGUUUGGGAAGGGGAAAAUGACGAGGGACGACGAACGUAUAUACGGCAUUAUCCGCGGAUGAUUCUCUUCUCGUUCCGUGACGUUCUGUUCACGUUUUUUUUUUUUUUUGUAUAACGACGAACAAGUAAAGAUCCUAUAAAAAAAAAGAAAAGAAAAAAGAAACAAAAAAAAUAUAUAUAUAUAUAUAUAAAUGCUCACGAGGGUUUCUGUAAAUUAUUGAUGAUGACGAUUGUGUAUGUUAAUUUAUAAAUUAUGUUGUGUUUACCAAUCGUGCCAGAAUGGAAAAAAAAAUAUAAUUUUUCAACGAAUCUAUCACGCGCAUUUUUCAUUUUUCAUCCUUCUCCCUACUCGUAGACGACUCGUUCGUUCAUUUAUUUAUUUAUUUAUCUAUUUAUCCAUCUAUCUAUCUCUUUAUCGUCACGAUCAUUUCCACUUUUGAUUUUCCUUCCUUUCCAUGCUCUCGUUUAUUUUAUCGUAUCCACGGAUUUUAACUCGAUUCCAUAAGACUGUCGUGGGAACGGUGCCGUGCCUUCGCCAGUGUAGCGUUUGAAGGAGACCGAGCCUCGUCGAAUUAGAAUACAUAUCACCAAGAUAAACGCGCGAGAAGAACGAAUAUUUUUUCAUAAUCGGUGGCAAACGCACCAACUUUCGAAUUCCCUAUACUUUUCCCGCGCGAAACUUGUGCCACACUACUCGCGCACGAACAGCGUCGUGCAAACCGCUACGAUUCGAGAUUUGUGAAAAAUUACGCUCCAAUGUGGAAGUACAAUUAUUCGAAAUACAAUUCCGCCGAUUCGAUAUACCGAAUUCGAAGAUAGUAUUCGAAUUAUCUGGUUGCGGAAGAUGAGAUGCGCAAGAGAAGAGAGAAGAAGAGAUCUGGUCGACUCGAUUGCGCGCGUCUUUUUUCACGGCCUUUUUUUUCAAGAGGAAAGGGCUCGAACGGAUUUUGCGAUGUGUUCCCUUUGUACCCGUUUCUACGAGUGAUGAUCCUUAAUAUCUGUACAUCGAACGAUAAACUGAAACUCUGUAUGUUGCUGCACACUUACGAUGGAAAUAUAUAUACACGUUAAUUGUUUCUAAA